ACCGCGCUGGCGGGGAGGAGGGGGACCGAUGCGGUCCAUGUCCCGGGCAGUCCCACCUUCUCUGCCUGCGAAGGGCCCUUGUCCGGCGGGAGGAGAGAGGCGCGCCCCACCCGGGCUCCUCUACACCUGCCGCCGCCUGGGCCGAUUCCGCGGGCCGAUUCCGCGGGCCUCGCCCGGCGCUUCAGCCGAUUCCCGCCCAGCUCCGGGCUCAUGGGCGCGGUCAGCAGGGCGGGCCAGGGCGGCGGGGCGCGACACUGGGAGGAAGUGCGGGCCGCCUGCCCGGGCGCGUUAAGGAAGUUGCCCAAAAUGAGGAAGAGCCGCGGGCCCGGCGGCUGAGGCCACCCCGGCGGCGGCGGGAGAGCGAGGAGGAGCGGGUGGCCCCGCGCUGCGCCCGCCCUCGCCUCACCUGGCGCAGGUGGACACCUGCGCAGGUGUGUGCCCUCCGGCCCCUGAAGCAUGGCCAGCAGCGGCAUGGCUGACAGCGCCAACCACCUGCCCUUCUUUUUCGGCAACAUCACCCGGGAGGAGGCAGAAGAUUACCUGGUCCAGGGGGGCAUGAGUGAUGGGCUUUAUUUGCUGCGCCAGAGCCGCAACUACCUGGGCGGCUUCGCCCUGUCCGUGGCCCACGGGAAGAAGGCACACCACUACACCAUCGAGCGGGAGCUGAAUGGCACCUACGCCAUCGCUGGUGGCAGGACCCAUGCCAGCCCUGCCGACCUCUGCCACUACCACUCCCAGGAGUCUGAUGGCCUGGUCUGCCUCCUCAAGAAGCCCUUCAACCGGCCCCAAGGGGUGCAGCCCAAGACUGGGCCCUUUGAGGAUUUGAAGGAAAACCUCAUCAGGGAAUAUGUGAAGCAGACAUGGAACCUGCAGGGUCAGGCUCUGGAGCAGGCCAUCAUCAGUCAGAAGCCUCAGCUGGAGAAGCUGAUCGCUACCACAGCCCAUGAAAAAAUGCCUUGGUUCCAUGGAAAAAUCUCUCGGGAAGAAUCUGAGCAAAUUGUCCUGAUAGGAUCAAAGACAAAUGGAAAGUUCCUGAUCCGAGCCAGAGACAACAAUGGCUCCUACGCCCUGUGCCUGCUGCACGAAGGGAAGGUGCUGCACUAUCGCAUCGACAAAGACAAGACAGGGAAGCUCUCCAUCCCCGAGGGAAAGAAGUUCGACACGCUCUGGCAGCUAGUCGAGCAUUAUUCUUAUAAAGCAGAUGGUUUGUUAAGAGUUCUUACUGUCCCAUGUCAAAAAAUCGGCACACAGGGAAAUGUUAAUUUUGGAGGCCGUCCACAACUUCCAGGUUCCCAUCCUGCGACUUGGUCAGCGGGUGGAAUAAUCUCAAGAAUCAAAUCAUACUCCUUCCCAAAGCCUGGCCACAGAAAGUCCUCCCCUGCCCAAGGGAACCGGCAAGAGAGUACUGUGUCAUUCAAUCCGUAUGAGCCAGAACUUGCACCCUGGGCUGCAGAAAAAGGCCCCCAGAGGGAAGCCCUACCCAUGGACACAGAGGUGUACGAGAGCCCCUACGCGGACCCCGAGGAGAUCAGGCCCAAGGAGGUUUACCUGGACCGAAAGCUGCUGACGCUGGAAGACAAAGAACUGGGCUCUGGUAAUUUUGGAACUGUGAAAAAGGGCUACUACCAAAUGAAAAAAGUUGUGAAAACCGUGGCUGUGAAAAUACUGAAAAACGAGGCCAAUGACCCCGCUCUUAAAGAUGAGUUAUUAGCAGAAGCAAAUGUCAUGCAGCAGCUGGACAACCCGUACAUCGUGCGCAUGAUUGGGAUAUGCGAGGCCGAGUCCUGGAUGCUGGUUAUGGAGAUGGCAGAACUUGGUCCCCUCAAUAAGUAUUUGCAGCAGAACAGACAUGUCAAGGAUAAGAACAUCAUAGAACUGGUUCAUCAGGUUUCCAUGGGCAUGAAGUACUUGGAGGAGAGCAAUUUUGUGCACAGAGAUCUGGCUGCAAGAAAUGUGUUGCUAGUUACCCAACAUUACGCCAAGAUCAGUGAUUUCGGACUUUCCAAAGCACUGCGUGCUGAUGAAAACUACUACAAGGCCCAGACCCAUGGAAAGUGGCCUGUCAAGUGGUACGCUCCAGAAUGCAUCAACUACUACAAGUUCUCCAGCAAAAGCGAUGUCUGGAGCUUUGGAGUGUUGAUGUGGGAAGCAUUCUCCUAUGGGCAGAAGCCAUAUCGAGGGAUGAAAGGAAGUGAAGUCACCGCUAUGUUAGAGAAAGGAGAGCGGAUGGGGUGCCCUGCAGGGUGUCCAAGAGAGAUGUACGAUCUCAUGAAUCUGUGCUGGACAUACGAUGUGGAAAACAGGCCCGGAUUCGCAGCAGUGGAACUGCGGCUGCGCAAUUACUACUAUGACGUGGUGAACUAACCGCUCCCGCACCUGUCGGUGGCUGCAUUUGAUCACAGGAGCAAUCACAGGAAAAUGUAUCCAGAGGAAUUGAUUGUCAGCCACCUCCCUCUGCCAGUCGGGAGAGCCAGGCUUGGAUGGAACAUGCCCGCGACUUGUCACCCAAAGCCUGUCCCAGGACUCACCCUCCACAAAGCAAAGGCAGUCCUGGGAGAAAAGACGGACGGCAGGAUCCAAGGGGCUAGCUGGAUUUGUUUGUUUUCUUGUCUGUGUGAUUUUCAUACAGGUUAUUUUUACGAUCUGUUUCCAAAUCCCUUUCAUGUCUUUCCACUUCUCUGGGUCCCGGGGUGCAUUUGUUACUCAUCGGGCCCAGGGACAUUGCAGAGUGGCCUAGAGCACUCUCACCCCAAGCGGCAUUUUCCAAAUGCCCAAGGAUGCCUUAGCAUGUGCCUCCUGAAGGGAAGGCAAAGGCAGAGGAAUUUGGCUGCUUCUACGGCCAUGAGACUGAUCCUUGGCCACUGAAAAGCUUUCCUGACAAUAAAAAUGUUUUGAGGCUUUAAAAAGAAAA